AGCAACUUGCAGCAGACUGACAGGAGCAGUUUGGUGAGUUAGUUUAUCACGAAAAAGAGAUUGGAGGUUGUUAAACUCAGCCACAGCCUGUUCAUUUAGCUAAUACUAAGUGUGCAACAACACUAAAUGUAGUAAAUAUGCAAUCCUGCUUUUUUUUUCUCCAACAUUUUCUUUUUUUAAUUUAAGACAGUAAAUGCAGUCUGAAAUUACUAACUGGCUCUCGCUGGGAUAGUUUCUCUGCCGCAGUGGUGGGGUGGGCUGAGGCGAAUGACUGUGGUAAUUCAAUGCGAACCGGCUCAAUCACGCCGCUCCGAAGCAAAUCCAGAGCGAACACCAGGAAGUACACGCAAUUUGUCUUCCGAUUGGAGUUAAGGAUAGCCAAUCAAGGCGCACCAUUCCGCGAACGGAGCGCUGAUUUGAUGAACAAUACUAAGGGCGGAGCUGGAGGGGUUUAAUUGACCAAUGGGGAGUGAGUGGGUACUGUUUGAAUGCUCGAUCGCUGGGAUGUUUCAUGUAAGAGAUUGACUGCAAUGAUGUCCUCACUAUCUGCACCAAAACACAGUGCUUCAACAAGAGAUGUUUCCAGAGCUUUGAAGAAUGCUGUUCCUUCAGCAGCUGCUAAAGAGAAUCGUGAGAAGGGAGCACAAUGUAGACUUCCUCUCCAGAACAGAAAUGUACUUCAGAACUGCCCAGAGAAGCCACUGAAUGGAUUGAGGAAAAACACCAUUGAUACCAAUGACUUGAAAUCUUUUGGGAAAAAAUUGUCAAGAUCAAGUGUUUCAAAUCUUAAUAACAGAAGAUUCAGCACAGGCUCCUUCAAUCAGAAUUCUCUCAGAAAGUUAGAUAGGAAGAUGGACACUAAAUUCAAACAGGCUGCACGUUCAGAGGAAAAUCCACUCAAUGCAACAUUUUGUCUCCCUUGUUCUGAUGAUAAACGUGUAGGGAACAAGAGUUUAGAUAUGGUUCUGGUGCAAAAGUGCUUGCCCAACAUUGAUGCUACCAGCAGUGUGCCUGAACCAGAGUUAACACCUUCAGCCUGCUUACCACAUCUCUCUACAGAACCAGAUAACUUGACAAGUUUUGUUGCAGAAGAGUGUUUACAUAUAGCUGCUCAGUUAAGCAAUAAAAGCAAAACUCCCCCUAUCAAUAUACCUGAUGCACUAAAUCAAUGUCCUGUGAGCAAUGUUUCUGUAAUAACCGAAGAGCCUCUGCCAUUUGACUGCUCAGUGUCCUACUGUUCAGACAGCUCCCCAGCAAAAUCUCCACAAGCUGGCCGUACUUCAGAACUGCCAGGAAAUAGUUUAAAAGACACCAGAUGUCAACUGUUCAACAUUGAACUAAAAACCAAAGACUCUUCCUUUAGUGACAAGACAGAAGAUAAAUACAUUGACUCUGAAACUCUGCCCUUUCCUCCAGGAAACUUGAUUCAGUUUGAUGAUACAACGAUGCUGAGUGACCCUAAUGAUCUUGAGGGCGAUGCUCCUUGUGUGGCGAAGUUAGAAGCUUAUUCCAGAAAUGUGAGCCAGUCACCCACUGUAAACAACUGCAGUCCUUCUUUGGGUACAGAAGAUCUAAUGACAUUAGAUGGAGCCAUGGUGUUCAAGGGUACAUCAACUAUGCCGUCAAAGAAUGAAUUCCCUGAUAAAAGUGCCAUACAAGCAAAGACUUUAUCAAACUUGAAGUUAUCCUUAUCUAAGACAGACAUGCUGUUAUGUGAAGGGUCCAUGCUAAGUGAUGAAAUUCUGGUUGUGCCAAAACAGAGUGCGUGUUUUGGAAACGAACUGCAGAAGCCAACAGCUCUGACUGAUUCUGUGCAAUGUCUCACUCCAGGAGACUUAAUCCAGUUGAACGAAGCCAUGACGUUGACAGGUACAAAUACAACAUUCAAUGCAUCAAAGCAUGAAACCAGCUUUGGAAAUGACCUCCCAGCUUCCGUCUUGCCCAAUUUCAAGAUGUCCCAGUCUGCAAAAGAUGCAGUGCAACUAAAUGGAACGAUGACACUGUUUGAUAAAAAUGCAACAUUUGAUGCAUCAAAGCAUGAAGGCUAUCUUGGAAAUGAUGACAAAACAACUGCCUCGACUAGUUGCAAGUUGUCUCUAUCAACACAUGCUGAAUUUCAAUCAAAUGACAUCAUGGCUGGGAAUGACAGUAAAAAUACAACCUUUGAUAUAUCAAAGCAUGAAUGUAAUUUGGGGAAUGACCCCAACAACCCUCCAUCUACAGGAGAUAAAGUGCAAUUAAAUGAUACCAUGACUAUGGACCAGAAAAAUGCAACCUUUGAUGCAUCAAAGCAUGAAUGUAAUUCGGCGAAUGACCCCAACAAGGCCGUUGACUUGGAAAUGAGAGAAGAUGGCAACACUGCCAAGUUGCCCAGUUGCAAGCCAUUUCCAUCUUCUGGAGGCUCAAAUGAUCUCAGAACACUGAAUUCCAAAAGCCUUAAACUUAUGAGAAAAUGUGAAGGUAGUGCAUUAAUUUCUGUCACACAGUCGCAGAUAAUAGAGUAUAAUGAGGAAAGUAGUAACUCAAAAGAUUCAAAUACUACCAUAAAUUUUGGAAAAGAUGACUCCAAGUGUUCUAUAAAAAGUGAAGCAAAUCAAGGCAAUGAUGGUGACAUCAGCAGUUCUACAGAAGUUCAUAAAGGUCCUUCAGACCGGAUAAAAAGUCCAUAUUUAAGAGAUUCUAUGCAAAAGGAAGAACUUAAUGUUUGUGCAAGUGCAGAUUUAAUUCAUGAUGCAAUGAGUUCAGAAUGGGCUCCGUACUGCAUGUCUACUCCAAAUGUUGCAAUGAAAUUGAGUUUCCUAGAAUAUCCACCACUUGAUCAUUCCUUCCAGACCUCUUCCUCCACCCUUCAGGACGAUACUCAUGUUGUAAUAGCUGAUUGUCCAGAUAAACAAGUUUCCAAAGAUGGCUCAAACUCUGGAUCUAAUGAGAAUGAAACAAAGUCCUCCAGUGGAAAAAUCAUAAAUGCACCAAGACUUAAAGAGCAAUUGCAGAAAACCAAAGUAGCAACUGCAAGUUCCUCAAAACCUAUUUCCACUCUUCCUGUAGUUAAAAGGAAAAAUGUUAAUCUGGCAGCUGUGUCUCAAGAUAAAUGCAGUGGUGAAAAGAAGUCUAUACCUUUGCCUGGUAGAACCACUAGACCAAGUUCUUCCUCUAUGGGAAGAGGAGGAAGACCUCCGAUACAACCACCUAGCCUUCCAAAGACUCGCCUAGUCCUAGGAAGGCCAAGUAGUGUUGUAGGAACUGGGCAAAGUGCAGCCAGUAAUGAACUUCCAUCAGGCCAGAUGGGAGUUGAUAUCAAAGUACCUGCUAAAGUUGUUACAAGGAUACCUGGAAUAAAAAAAAGAUCUCCAAAGGCAACUUCAAAGCAACCUGCCCAGGAGUCUAAAAAAUCAGACUCCAAACUGGUUCAACUCUUCAAUCUGGGUGUGGCUGAUCCUCCAAAUGCCAACAGAAGUGCCCACAACCCUCUUGUUUUGGAUUCCAAAAAUAUUGUAACGGGCAUAAAGCGUCCACUAGAGCAGAAAAGGCAAUGCCCAUCCCCAAAGAGACCCAAGGCAGUUGGAGAGAUGAGUGCCAAAUUGCCAAAGAAAAGUGGAACAAAGUUGUUACCGCCAGUGGAACCAAAACACAAGAAGGGAGUGAAGGGAACAGAGAAACUGACCUCGGAACCAAAAGUCAAUAUGAAUACAAGUUCUUUAGUGGAAUCAGAAUCCAAACAGGAACAAGAAGUGGCAAAACUUCAGAGGAGAAUCAAAGAGUUGGAGGAGAGAAUAGUUGUGUUGGAGCUGGAAAAUGCUGCACUUCGUCAGAAGGAGGGUCUCGCUACAGGCAUUUAAGAUUCCCAUGUUUAGUACCAUAUCUGAUAUCACCAGAGUGCUGCUUUUAUGAUGUAUUGUCCACAGCUGUUUUCCCUUAUUUAUGUACUGUUACAAAAUAGAGUAUUACACUUUGCCUGAAGUUUGAAUUGUUGCAUGUGUGGGCCAGAUUGUACUUGUCCAAAACAAAAAUACCUGAGGCUGCUAAGCAACAAUGCAAAUCCUUUCACACACAUGACUUCUGUAGCAAACUUCCAAAGACUGCAAUUUUGAUUGCAGUUGAAACCUUUCCCUAAAGUGCCAUGAUGCAAGACACUUCAGAUAUUAAAAUGAUCUUGUGGAUGGUUAAUAGUGAUGUCUAUUAAUGUCAUGCUUAUCUUGAUUUAACUUUAGUCAUUUUGGCUGGUUCUCCAAUCCUGCAGUGUUGGCUAAUGUAUUAAAAUCAAGUGGAAAGCCUUAACGUGCUGUCUAUUUUUGUGUCUGUGGUAAUUAUGUGAUUGUCCAUCUAUGGAUUGUUGCUGUAGUCAGAUUAAUGUUGCAACUUGCAAAUGCUUCUACUUAACUUGUAAGUUUCCUAUAUCUGACUUUUUAAAAGUGCACAUGUACUGUAUAUGCAUGCUAGGUUCUAAGAGUUCUAAACAAAUAAAAGUAUAUGAAGGUAACUU